UUUUAGGCCCUAAUUAUCUGUGAUGAUUUCGGAGUUCACUCUGUUUGACCUUGUAGUCUAGUAAGAUAUUUCUUCCAGUUCUUUCUUAGUUUAGUGUUGAAACAGAGCAGCGUAAUUGGAUAGGAUGCUCCGUGUAGGCUGUCAACACAAGCAAAUGUCAUCCUGCGCAAAAUAAGCCCAGUUUCCUAGGUAGUCUUCCACUCCUGCUAGCUGUAGCAACUCAUAAAUUGCAGUGCUCAGAAGAAAACCUAUGCCUACAUUGCAUGAGAUCAAAAAUAACAUCACUAUAAUACCACAAGACUAAGAAAAAGGAGAGGCUGCGAAAGAGGCUAGUGUGGAUCGUCUCUGUACAGCCUGCAGAACAUGGAGCUUAAUGGUGCCUUAAUUGGGUCUAUUUAAUUAUUGGAUUCUCAGUUAUGAGCGCACGUGAUAACACCUGACGGUGGAUGGCGCGCGUCCAACCUCCUCAUGGGACUGGCCAGGUAAUCAUGUCUUCAUUGUGUACUGUGGUUCAGGGAAAAGGGUGUGGUUUCCUGUGUGGUCACAGUAGCUACAGCAUACCAGCAAGACAGUGCGUGACGUUACAGGCUAUAACUACAUUCCAAACAUUUUGGGACGAGUCAUUGACAGUCACCUGGCCAGUUCCUUUCCCAAAUAAGGGGCGUGGUUUCCAGUCUAGUUUAUCACCACAUGUGUAAACACAAGUAAUGUGUUUUGUAACAAUAUAUGCAUGUGUUUUGUGUACAUUGGUUUGGCAUAUUAGGAACUGUUGAUCAAGACUUUCUGUCAUGUGCAUGCCAAGCAUGUGUUAAUUGACCUCUAGAUUAACUUGAUUAGCACAGAUCUCACAAUCUUGACAGUAUAGAGAGAUCUAUAACAACAAUGUCAGGACAAGUAGAUCUACACCCCCCACCCAGAGCUGGGCCCUCUAAGAAGGUGGUGAUAGUAGGAGGUGGUCUGGCAGGUCUAGCAGCAGCUCACACACUCUCAUCUACUCUCAAGAAUGUCAACUUAGACAUCAAGUUGUUGGAAGCCAAGCCAUACCCUGGCGGAAGAGUCAAGUCGGUGCCGAUACAAGACGGAAAAUACUUUGCUGAAAUUGGAGCAUACUUUUUGUAUUACUUUAAUGAAGCUACUAGCUUUACUGAUUUCUUAGAGAGCCGACAAUUGGCAUCCAACAAGACUGCUGAAUCCCAUAACGAGAUCUUCACUGAUACCGGAAUUCCAAACAUCCAUUUUUUGAGCAAUGGGGAGUUAAUUCAGUUCUCAUCAGCCAAACACUAUGAAAAGAUGUUUGCAGACGUUUUUGAUGAAUUGGGUGAAUGCUAUGACAGAGAAGAUUGGAAUUAUGUGAUUCGAAAAGAGUGGCCUAAAAAGAACAAGAAGUGGCAACGGUCUGAUUUUUCCCUAGAUGAGUAUUUGGAAACACGAUAUUUUGAAGCCGUUGAAGCCUCUGCUCCAAUGCAGCUGCCAACUGGUUGCACUCCUAGGCAUAUCUACAAUCGAAUGACAAUCUACGAGAGAUUCAUGAAUGGAACAGACCUUGCCAACCUUGAUGUGAGCAGUAUUGGGGAAUCUUUUGACCCUGAUUGUGAGUACCUACAACGUGCAAACUAUUCCGAGAUAGUGUCAGCGAUUUCAAAAGAGCUACCACCCGAUACUCUUCAGUGCUCCAACGUAGUCAAGGCGAUUAAUUGGACUGAAAAAGCUGCUAAUAGUGAGAGUAUCCCACCCAUUACAGUUCACUGUGAAAAUGGCCAGGCUUAUGAUGCUCACCAUGUGAUAAUAACCACAUCAUUAGGAGUGCUGAAAUUAUGGGCUAGUAUCAAUGAAACUUUUAGUCCCUCUCUCCCGGCAGACAAACUGGAAGCCAUAUCAAAACUAGGUAUGGGUGAAGGAUGCAGUGUUUUUUACGAGUUCUCGGCUCCUCUGAUUGACAAAGAACAUCAAGUUAUUGAACUAUUUUGGCUGGAAGAAGAGUUGCAGUAUCUUUCCAAAUAUCCGUGGGCCCAGUCACUCGAUGCAUUCAUCAGGCAAAAAGACUCAAACGUAUACGGUACAUGGUUUGCUGCUGACAAAGCUAGAGGAAUUGAGGCUGCCACAAAUCAGGAGAGAAUCGAUGGAAUCAGCUUGGUACUCGAGAAAUUCUUGAAAAAACGAAUUUGCCCCACAAGAGUAAUCAUUGGCGCCUGGACUAGUGACCCGCAUGUGCUGGGUGUGUAUUCUUAUUGUGCUAAAGGUAGUGAUGAAAUGGACCGUGUCGCCCUCUCUGAGCCGGUUGAUGGUUCGAGCUCGAUGCAGCUGCUCUUUGCAGGGGAGGCCACUCAUGUAUCGUUGUUUGGAACAACCAAUGGUGCAUUCGAAACAGGAGUGAGGGAAGCAAAACGAUUACUAGAACAUUACAGUAUAUAGAUUGAUGCUUACUAUACAUUUGUUAUGCAUGCAUGCAUAUAAAUUUAUUGCGUGUUGAUGUAC